UAAAAAGUAGUGGGUGCAGGAUACAUGAUCGUUGGAUUCCUACUCUAUGAUUGCACGCUCACUUCAUCUUCUUUCUUCUAAAAACUUUAAAUAAAGAGUCACUGUUUUAAGUCAUAUUGACUCACUGUUUGAAGUCAUCUUGACAUGCCGAUUAAUCAGGAUUCUUGAUCGUUGGAUUCCUACUCUACACAUCGAUGAUGGGAAGAUGAAAGAUAAAUCGAAGGAGAAUCUACAAGUCGUGGUGAUUACUUAUUUGUUAUGCAGAAAUCUAGCAAGGAAGAGAUUGCUUUGAAAAUGGGAAUCCAGCAGAGUAUUAAAAGAGAGGAAGAGGAAGAAGAAAAUGUGAAUAGAUGGAUAAAGCAUUACAGUAGCAGCCACCGGAUUCUGCUGGUUGGGGAGGGAGAUUUCUCCUUCUCCACUUGUUUGGCAUCAGCUUUUGGUUGGGCUUCCAACAUGGUCGCCACAUCUCUCGACUCUCAAGGUUUUGUGGUGAAAAAUUAUGAGAGUGGUCUAUCCAAUCUAGUGGAAUUGGAAAUUAGAAAGUGCAUUGUGUUGCACGGGAUUGAUGUAACCAAAAUGGCUUCUCACACUCUCCUUGCUGGAAUCAAAUUCGACCGCAUAGUAUUCAACUUUCCGUAUGCUGGAUUUUUCAAGGAAUUGCCUCGCGAUACGCAGCUCGGGUUAGUUGCAUUAUCGCCACCCUUGUCACUUACAACACGUUUGGCUUCACAGGACAUUGGUGAGCAGGUUUAUGGAGAAUGCCAAGGAAAUGAUGAGCCAAAAUGGGGAGAUUCACAUAACUCACAAGAGUAACGGAUUCCACAGGGAGUGGAUGUUGGAGGGCCUGGCUUUGCUCCACGGUCUCAGGCUUGUGGAUACUGUGGAUUUCGACCAAGAGGAGUGGCCAGGGUAUAACACCAAGCGCGGAUUUGGGGGCGACUGCAACUUCGAUUGCAACCCUAGUAUCACCUACAAAUUUCGCCUUUGAUCUUCAAUCAUCGUGUAUCUAUGUGUAUAUAUAGUUUUUUAAGUACUCCUA